CUCCAGCCCCACACAGGUUUCGCGAGAUUUACCGUGUGGUUGUGUGGCGUGGAGCAACGCUCGAUUAGUGUGGCAGACGAAGGGAAGCAUACUGAUAUGAAAUCUACGUGGAGGUGAUACGAACAUGAGUCCACGCAGCUAGGAUGUCGGGUGGUUAGCGUCCAUUUCUGUCACUAUUUUUUUGGAGCUGUGGAACUUUGGAAGAGCGGAUGUAGCCUUUUUUUUUUUUUUAGCCGCCCCUUCUUGCUUCUGGGACGUCUGCAUUGAGGUAAAGCUAAAGGCGAGAAAGGUGAAGUGUUAACACGACAUGACGGUUUGACUUAUAUGUUGGACGACAUCCAACACAGCCAGUAACUUUUUACAUCUUUGGAGGCAUGUCAAAGAAAAGAGGCAGAAAGCGAAGCAGCGGGGAACUGAGUGACGCACUAACCCCUGACCCCAACUGCAUCCUGGGACUUCGCAUUCAGCACAACUGGCGCGAGAAGGGCAACCAAAGCAAAUGGAAGGGCACCGUGCUGGACAGGCUCAGCGUGAACCCGUCGCUCUUCAUGGUCAAGUACGACGGCUUCGACUGCGUCUACGGCAUCGAACUGUUCAAAGACGAGCGAGUGUCUAACCUGCAGGUCCUCUCGGAAAGCGUCGUGAACAACAGGAUCAGGAUACCUCCUGGGGCAGAGGAGCUGGUGGGCAAAGCUGUGGAGCAUCUCUUUGAAAAGGAAGAUGGAGAGAAGAACGAGUGGAGAGGCAUGGUCCUCUCCAGAGCUCCCAUUAUGACCAAUUGGUAUUAUAUCACCUAUGAAAAGGACCCGGUGCUUUAUAUGUACCAGCUGUGGGACGACUAUGCCGACGGAGACCUCAGGAUUUUGCCCGAAGCAGAAAACAAGCACCUGCUGCCUGCCGACAGGAAGCCGGGAGAAGAGACGGAGAGCCUGGUGGGCAAACAGGUGGAGUACGUCACUGACAAAGGCGUGAAGAGGACGGGCCUGGUCAUCUACCAAGUCCCAGCCAAGCCUUCUGUCUAUUACAUCAAAUACGAUGAUGACUUUCACGUCCACGUCUACGACCUGGUCAAAACCACCUAAAGGAGACCCCAAUGCCCUCUCACUCAUUUUUGUUAUUUAAAGCCCAAAGUAAUUCAUGCUUGCAAUCUUUUUUUGGCUUUUUCUUUGUAUGUUUGCACAGCACAAGUGUAGCGUCCGCUGUACUGUUCUCAUAUGUACGGUGCACACGGGCAGCGCGUCCUUGUUGUAUUGUUGGGUCAGAUCGGAAGCCCACCAAAAAGCCUUUCCCGCCAAGCCUGGAUCAAGAUGAGGGGAUGGCCGAGUGUCUAAUCCAGGCUUUAAAUUAAUGACCAAAAGAGUUGCACAGAAAGCCGAGCUUGCUAAAAAGCGUGACGUGCACAAGUCAGCCGAGCUUUAAAUAACCCUUCACAUAGGGAGGUAAGUCCAUUAUUUGUGGAAUAAUGUAGUUAUUAAAGUGUAAUUUCAGACAAGUGCUUUUCAAGACAUUCAGCUUGUUUUCGCUGGUCGUCUGCUCCCUUUGACAAAAGCUCAGAAGAAAAACACCCUGUUGUGAUGUUUCAAGCCGCCACGCGCUUGCUUCCACAAUGACACUUCACACACACACACACACACACACAAAAAGUGCCUUCAGGCCCGUCAUGUUUUGCAAUAUUGUACAUAUCUUAAAAGAUACAUCGCGGUGUAUGAAGGCUUGUUUGUGUUGUGUUCAAGUGUCUAAAUAAUAGGCUGCAAUGGUGGGUGUAUUCUUGUGUUGUGUUUUUGCUUCUAAAUGCAGUAUGUUCUUUAAACCUAUGAUCAUGUAAUCUCCGCCGAUAUUACCAGGAGCACUUUAUUGUAUUACGUUUACAUGUUUAGACUGGUAGAUAGCCUCGCUUCAAAAUAAUGUGUCCAAAUAUGCUUUGUUAUAUAGGCAUGAUGUUGAAAUAAUAAUUAAAAAAAAUACUGCAGCACUUACAGUAUUUACAUUUCCACAAGUUGUGUAAAAUUGUUUUUUUGUCGCCUGUUGUGAUUGUUCUCGUGGAUAUGGCAUCCAAACAAUAAACAGGCCGUGUAGCUCACACCAA